GCAGUUGGAAGCACGGUGUCCAGUCCACUGCCAAACCACUGCCAACGUAGUUGAAGAAGUGCAGGGACGUAAUAAAUAUCUCCCAGCGACGAUAUAAAUACCCUACCCAUAGCCUACAAAGCGAGAACAUACGAGUACCAAGAUAUUAAAAUGCCCGCCCAAACACUCCUCCGCCGGGUGAAUUCCAAACACCGCGCCUUCGUCAUAUCCGACAUCUCCAACGAGCCCGACGACGCCGAAUCCCUCGUCCGCUUCCUCCUAUAUGGAAAUGAAUUCCACGUCCAGGGCCUGGUCGCGUGUACAUCGACCUGGAUGCGCGAUAAAGUGCACCCAGAGGACAUGACGCGCAUCGUGCAGGCGUACGCACAGGUUGUCGAUAACUUGAACGCACACGUUCAUCCUGAUAACUCUUACCCUGAUCCGGGGUAUCUCAAGUCGCUUAUCAAGGCCGGCCCGGCGUGCUAUGGUCGUGAAGCGCUGCGUGACAACGUCCCGCUGGCUGAGGGCACUGAACUGCUGAUACAGCGACUUGAGGCGGAGGAUAAGCCGCUCUGGGUGCUUUGCUGGGGAGGGACGAAUGUUAUUGCCCAGGCGCUGCAAGAGAUUGAUCGGACGAGGGCGGGUACGGCGGCUGAGCUGCGCUCGAGGCUGCGGGUUUAUGCGAUCAGCGACCAGGAUGAUACGGGGAUGUGGAUCCGCGUCAAUUAUCCAGAUAUCUUCUAUAUCUGCUCUGUGCAUGGGUGGAAGGAGUAUGGGAUGGCUGCGUGGGUGGGCAUAUCGGGUGAUCUGCUCAUGCCGUUGGAUGAGGGCGGACCUGAUGUGACCAAGGUGAAGCUGGACUGGUUGAAGGAGCAUAUCCAGAUUGGACCUCUGGGGAAGGAGUAUCCUGAUUACUCGUUUAUCAUGGAGGGGGACACUCCGACGCUGCUAUAUCUGAUCCAGAAUGGCCUGGGGUCGCCGGAGAACCCGCACUGGGGAAGCUGGGGUGGUCGAUAUGUCCUGGGGGAUAUUGGGGGCGCUUCGAAGCAUUACAUGGAUGCAAAGGAUACAGUGACUGGGAGGAACGGCGCCAAAUUCACCUCCAAUCAAGCUACCAUCUGGCGGUGGAGAGACGCAUUCCAGAACGACUUUGCUGCGCGCAUGCAGUGGACAUUGAGCAGCUAUCUGGCGAAGGCGAACCAUGCCCCGGUAGUCGUUGUUAACGACAGUACAGCUGGCUCUGAGCCAUUAUUGUUAGACGCUGAGGCAGGGACUGAAAUUACUCUCGAUGCGUCGAAAUCGUAUGAUCCUGAUGGUGAUGAUAUCUCGUUCUCCUGGUGCCAGUACAAAGAGCCAACAACAGCACAAUCGCACAUCCACUGGCAUGUCGUCCCAGACGUCGAAUUCAGGCCCGUUGAAGGAACUCCCAAUGGAUCUGUAGUAAAGGUAACUCUACCACCACCAGAGGUCAGCGCAGUGAGCAUCCUCUCCGGCCAGGCUCUCGAGAAAGGACAAGCUCUGCACUUCAUCCUCGAAGUCCGAGACAACGGCAUCCCUAGUCUUAUCACAUACAAACGGGUUGUGGUGCAAGUCACGAACCGGGACCUACAAGGGGGGAAGGGCAAGGCUUUUGACACUAUUACAGAAGCACUCGGCCAUCCCACAAAAUAGACAUACCACGAUAGAAAC